UGCAACGCAACGAUAUGACUUGAACGUACUCUCAGUGCAAAUAUUUUGUCUAUAUUUUGUGUGUUCGUCAAUUUUUAUAUGUUUUUUUUUUAAAUAACAAUUACGUAGCAUUUGUUUAUACAACAAAAUCAAUGUGUAUCAAUUUGAUUCAGUGAUUGGAUAUUGUAUCUGCGUAGAAUUUUUGAUGUGUGUUUGAGUACGGAGUACCCGGAAAAAGAACCGCUAAUAAAAACAAUAACAAAACCAUACUUGCACUCACUAGAGUGCACCGAAUGAAAUAGAAUUCCGAAAGAAAGUGACGAUUAGUGGAAAUAUUUGCCACACAUUUAUUUAUUUUUCAGUUUAAAAGUCGAAUGACAAAAUCAACGUCCAAUAACGAUUCGAUCAAUCAAAAUAACAAUAUCAGGUGUAUUAAAAAAGAUUGUACAUUGAAAUGUGUUUUUGUCACAUACCGAACGAGUACGUGAAACGAGCCACAAAAACAGUGUGAAACAGAUUUUAAACUUAUCGAGAAAAGGCAUAAAUCAUUGAUAUCAAGAUCACAGUUUGUGGUCAAUCAAAUAAGAAAUAAAUAAAUUCCAAAUAGCAUACGUAUCCAGUGAAACUAUACUUUAAGAUCAAAGUGCAUACGAUUGAUUUCGAAUGUAUGUAGAGUGUGUAUGUGUGCUUGCAACGACAAAAUUGUGUGAACAAAAAAGAGAAGAGAAAAAAAACCGUUAUGCAAACCUAAUCAACGACAUUAAGUCGAGCGAGAGACUGAGAAAUCGUUCUAAUUAAGCAGAAAAGGAUUAUUAUUAUAUUAUUUAGAUAGUGAAAUGAAAUUCAAUUGACAGUUACCGUCUUUUUCGUUUGGACAACAGUGUGACACACCUCAACUACGUUUAACAUUUUAUACAUAAAAUACAAUAUAGUGGAUAUAUCGAUCGAAUCAUUAAUUUAAUCGGAAUUAAAUGAUUUUCUUGCGAAUACUUUUAUGUUGGUGUUUACUCCAAAUCGUAUAUAUGUAAUAGAUAAUUGUUGCAGUAAAAGUGAAACGAUAUCACACAGCCAAAAGAUUAUUUUCCAUUUGCGCCCCAGUCCAACGUAAAUGUAUGGGAAAACAUAUACAUUGAUACCGAUAAUAUGGAGUAAAUGCUGAGGAAAUUGCGACCAUUUUUUCUACGCUGUAAAUAAAAAUUCCACGGUUUGUGUGUGUAUUGCAUGUCGUUGGAUAAUUAUAAAUUACCAGCAUAAAUUGAAUAAAUAAUGUUAUAGUCAAAUUAUUAUAAUUAAAUGUGGAAUGAACAACAAAUAAACGUUCAAUCGUUGAAUGUGCAUGUGUUUCGCAUGUGAGUGCCUUGAAAUUGAUCCAACCCCAUUUACAAAUGGAUAUAAACACACGGUGAAUACAGUUAGCCCACUAAAGAACUCUGCCAAGUAAUUUUGAAACGAAACAACACCACAAAAAAAACACAAAGCCAGAGUAGAACGAGAAAAGUCCACGAUUUAAUUCGCGAUUGAAUAGCAAAUCAUCGUGUUCUACGAUAAUGGCAUUGGAAGCGCCAUAUAAACAAAAAAUAGCUCAACUCUAAGCCGAUUUUUCGAAAUGCACAGCAUCGAGAAUAAACAACACUAACCAACGCAACGCAAGAAUAUUACGAGUUUGAAAGCGAGAAAGAAAAAAAAAACCGUCCAGAUAUUUCGUCUUAGUGUUCGAUUCGUAGACAUUUGUCGAUCUAUUGUACACCCUUACCUACUCUGAACGAAUUUCAGACGAAAACAAAAUCCAUGCACAUUAGAAACUACUUUGUACAAUAUAUAGAAUAGACAGACAUAGAUCCAUUUGGCCAAAGUGAACACUGAAAAAGAGAUCGAUCAAUCCAUUUUACUUCGAUCGCCGAUCGAAUGUGAAUAAAUCAGCGAAAGGAAGACUUUUACAAUGUACAAUGAUCUGGUUUAACACAAGGAAUCAACUGACUUGAUGAAUGACAUAAACAUGAAAAAAUCAUCAAAUUGACUAAAAACGAAGUGCCUUGAAGUGAAAUAAACAAUCAGAAGAAGAAAUCGAAAAACGAAUAAAGUGAACGUAUUGCACGAACAAGCAAUAAAAACACAUAGACCAUAUAUAGAUACAAAAUUAUUUUUUAUUAUUUAGAAUAAACGAAUUUUAAUAUUAGAAUAACAAAAAUGGAAUAUCUUCCAAGUGUAAAACAAAUGGCAGUGUACGCAUGGUGUACAGUGUUGGUGAUCCUGAGCAUGUUUAUCGUCGAACAUAGCAGCAACGCUCAAGCAUGGACACAAGAUAUUCAACCAACACUUAAAAUUAAAUAUGAACAAAAAUGGCCAGUAUUUUUCGGCAAUCAAUCCGACUACUUUCAAAUUUUGGAACAAGACGAUAAUUCGGUUCUGAUCGGAGCACGAAAUGCAAUGUACAAUGUAAGUUUAAAGAAUUUACUGGAAAACCAAUCGCAACGGUUGGAAUGGGAAUCAACGCCAGCCCAUCGUGAAUUGUGCACAUUGAAAGGAAAACAAGACUCGGAUUGUCAGAACUAUAUUCGUGUGUUUGCUCGAAUUGAUGAUCACAAGAUAAUGGUGUGUGGUACCAAUUCAUAUAAGCCAUUGUGUCGACGAUAUAAAAUUGGUGGUGGCGGUUCAAUGAUUUCGACUGCAUCACAUGAAGAUGAAUCGGCCGAAGUUGAGGUAUCGACGACCAGUGAAAAUGCCGUAGCGCCAGCUAGCUCAUCCACUGAAACUGAGACAGCAUCAUUGACUAAAAAUUCAUCGGGCGAAACAUUUGAAAUGAUCGAAGAGAUCGAUGGACAAGGACGAUGCCCGUAUAAUCCAACACAUAAUAGCUCGUACAUUUUUACAGAUGGUCAACUAUACUCAGCAACAGCUGCCGAUUUUUCGGGCGGUGAUGCGUUGAUUUAUCGCGAAACACAACGCACCGAACAAUUCAAUGCAAAGCAACUGAGUCAACCGUCAUUUGUUAGCACACUUGAACGCAAUGGAUAUGUAUUUUUCUUUUUCCGUGAAUUGGCAUUGGAAAAUUGUGGAAAAACAAUUUAUUCAAGAGUGGCACGCGUUUGUAAGAAUGAUCGUGGUGGUCCAUCACCAUUCCGUGAACGUUGGACAUCAUACUUGAAAACACGACUUAACUGCUCCACACCAGGAGAUUUUCCAUUUUAUUUCGAUGAACUUCAGGGAACAACUGGCAUUAUUGAUGGAUUAUAUCAAGCCGCAUUGAAUCAAAAGCAACAAAUCCGCAACUAUCACACUCAUUCAAGGGCCGAAGACUCUGGCAAAUCGUCUGCUUUAAAACCAAAUUCAUUGAUUUAUGCCGUAUUUACAACGCCCCAAAAUGCAAUUCCAGGCUCUGCCGUUUGUGCCUUUCAAAUUGACGACAUAAUCGAUACAUUCGAAGGUAAUUUCAAAGGGCAAAAAGAUGCAACAUCGAAUUGGUUAUCAAUACCAGCGUCAGAGGUACCAGAUCCACGUCCCGGUAAAUGCGUUGAUGACAGUCGUGAGCUACCGAUGCGAACGGUCAACUUUGUAAAAAUGCACACUUUGAUGGAAUCAUCAGUGCCAGCGUUAUAUGGGCGACCCGUACUGACUAGAGUUGCUGCAAAGAAUCGAUUCACCGCCAUUACAACCGAUGCACAAGUUGAAGCUCUCAAUGGUGAUAAAUACGAUGUUCUAUUCAUUGGAACCGACAACGGGCAUGUGAUUAAAACGAUUCACUUUUUGCGCUCGGCGUCAAACGAUAGCAAAGCCAAUCAAAAUGGUUCGGGCGAACAACAGCAACAAGAAUCCGAAUCAACAUUGGAAACGAUUGUUGUGAGUGAAACACAGGCAUUCUCCCGUAGUUUGCCGGUUAAACAAAUGACCGUUGCAAAGGAGCAACAAUCGUUGGUUGUUGUUGGUACUGGUAUGAUUGUGUCUAUUCCGAUGCAUCAUUGUUCGCACAAAGUUUCAUGCAAAGAAUGUCUGAACUUACGCGAUCCGUAUUGUGUGUGGGAUACAAAAAAUCAUGAAUGCACAUCAAUCAAGUCGGUGUCAUCGCAUAAUCGCAAGAAUUUUAUUCAAAAUAUUCGACAAUCACGUAAAGAAACCACUGAAAUGUGCGGCGAUGACAAUGAAAACCGUAUUGAUGCACCGGUUCCAAAGGAGAAAGGACGAAGCCUGUCAACAACCGGAAAUGUUCAAACAAAUCUUGUAACUGGUAGCGAAAAACCGGUUGCUCAGCCAAGUGUUGUGUCAACGCGUGGAACUGUUUCAUCCGUAUUCCGUGGACCAUCCACAACAAAUGAUAGCAACAAAUUGCCCGACGAACGAGAAAACGAAGUUCAACCAGAGAAUCAAAUCGGUUCACAUUUCGAUGAAUUUAGCGCCGACAAUGGAUUUGACAAUGAUGACAGCAGUGAAACGGGUGUUGUUGAAUCACGAAACUUUGAUGCUGUUCAUUCGAGCAAUUCAAAUCAAAUGCGUUUUGCCAGUCCAUUAUUUGCUACGGUCGUUUUCAUUGUAUUCGCCAUUGCUUUUGCAUUUGGUUUUAUUGUAUCGAAACGAUUCGAAUUCACACAAUCGGCAUUCGAUAUUUUGCGUGGUGGUAGCGGUGGAAGUGGCAGUAGCCAUCAUCAUUUGAGCGAACAUCAUCGAAAUCAAUUGAAUUUUUACGAUAAAUCGACCGGCGGUGGUCGAAAUGCGAGUUGCAAAGACGUUAAUCUACUGAUGAAUGUCAUGGGCCCAUACAUUGCAGCCGGUGGACCAAAUAAUGUAAAUGGCCGUUCAACACUCACAAAUACUGGCUGUCAGACGCCAAAUAAUCUUGACAAAAAAGAUAUUCUUGAAUUAGAAUUCGAAACGAAGGACCGAAGUCAUGAAUGCAAAAAUUCCACCGAACAUUUGGACAUCAAUGAUUUAAAAGUGAAUGCUAAUAAUAACACAAAUUGUAAUAAUCAAACGACAACACCACAAGCGGUUAUUGUGAAUUCGACAAAUACCGGAACACUGCAAAAGGUUAAGAAAACCUAUCUGUAGAGAAAUUGAUAUCAGUUGUAUUUGUAAAUAGGGAAAUUGUUCUGUUUUAAAUUAAAAUGAUCGACUGUGCUUUUUAUAGUGGGAAUUUUCUCUUUGUUCCUCUGUUAUAAUUUAUAGAUUGUAUUUUGUAUUUAAUGCAUUUUAUACACAUAUUAGAAAACAUAUCAUCCGAUUUCUAGGGGAUAGACAAAAUGAAAGAAAUGACUUGGUGAACAUGUGUCACAGAAAGCACCCACUGAUUUAAGUCGAUUAACCAAAAUUCACAUCAUUAUACCAGUUUAUAAAAAUCAUUUACACAUUUAAAACGAAAAACAAAAAAUCAAACAACAAAAUCUACAUCCAUGUGUCGUGCCAUAAAUCCCAAAAUUGCAUAUAUUCCUAUUUUGGGCAGGUGGACGAAAAACAGUCAAAUCGAAUGGUGUUCAAUUCAAAUAAUCAUUUGUGGUUGUUUCGUUGCUGCACAUUGCACACAUAUCAUGCAAGAAAACCAUUACGAAAUCUGAUAUAAUAUUAUACAAAAUGGAAAUUCCAUCUGAAAUCAAAACAACAACUUACUAUAUUUCCAUUUAGGUACAGAAAAACGAACAAACUCAGUCAUAGAAUAUGUCCACUAUAAACAAUUGUUUAAAAAUGUGAGUGAUUUAUGCAAAUAAAACAUGACUUGUUACUCAAUAUUCAGCGACAAAUUAAAAAAAUGAAUGAUUCAAUGAGCUUAGAAGAGCAAUACGAAGAGCUUAAUAAAACAAGCGAUAUUUACAUUUUUUAAUUGUAAUAACCAGGACAAGGCAAACUAUUUAUAAGUAUUUACGAAAAAUUGAAAAAAACCACAAUGAAUUGAUGACAAAUUUGAUUUUGUAAAAUUCAAUCACUUUCCAAACAUACUUGGGUAACACUUUUCAAACUUCCGUAGAGAAAUUCAUAAAAAAACUUCAAAAUUGUGAAAUAUAUUAUUUUUUCCUUUAAUUUAAAUAUAUUUUUUUUAUUUAAAUAAAUAUUUUGCCUUGGCUAGGUGGUAACGUAUUAUAGAAAAAUCGAGUAUGGUCCAAAUCUAUUGAGUUGCGCCUUACGUGUUUAGUAACGCAAUCUCGAACGCUUUGUGAUAAAUAAUGUUAUUAUGUUGUUUAGACCUGAGAAACUUCAAUCUGCUUAGAAGUAGAUAAACUGGCUGGAAAAAUAAAAACAGUCUCUCUCGCCAAACGGGAAAUGAACAAAGUCGAUGUUAUCGAAAUGUUCAAUGAUGGAUUUUCUCCGACCGACAAGAAGAAUCGUAUCGAUUGAAAUGAGAAAUAGAAAAUGAGAAUGAUCAAAAUAGUAUAUCGAAUUAAAUUUGAAAUAAAAAUGGAAUUUUUGUAUUUGUUUCAUUCACAAU